AACUACACCCUGCACUGGGAGCCAGCUCAUAACCACGACAGCCAUGUGAAAGGUGGGACCAGUUUAGACGGUCGCAUUCCUCGAGAGGACUUCUCCGGUGGAGGAGAACUUCGGGUUUGGGUCGAGGCCGUUAACCAGAAUGGCUCCAACAAAUCUCAGCCGGUCGUCUUUAACGUCGAAGGAAUCACCAAGCCACCCCCACCUAAAGACAUUACAGCCGAACCGGAACCGUUGGAGUUUUUGUGGAACACUUCCUGCAUAGAGUCUUCUGGACACUGUGACAUUCGAUAUCGGACUAAGGGAGAAACAGACUGGCCAAAGUUUGAGGAUGAAGUACAUAGCACCUACGCAGUGGAGGAACCGGACCUUUUUACGGUUUAUGAAUUCCAAGUUCGUUGUGACUGUGGUACAGGAUUAAUGAGCGACUGGAGUAAGAUCCAUAGCGUUAGGAGCUCAGAGUCAGACCCUGUUGGAGAAGUGGAUUUAUGGAGGGACUGCGGUAUUUCCCCUCUAAGCUCUGACUGUUUUCUGACUUGGAAGAGUCUCUCUGAUUCUCAGGCACGUGGGUUCAUUCGUGGAUAUAACCUCACAGUUUUCUACAGCAACGGCUCUAAAUUGCAGAUGUCCACGGCCGAGCCAAACAGGCAGUACGUGCAUGAAAUUGUGGAGCAAUUGUGCAGCAACGGUACCACAAAAUGGUUCCUCAACGCCACUCUGAAGGAUGUGUCAUCAGUCAGCAUAAUCGCCUACAGUUCUAAAGGUGCCACAAAGGAAUCGUUUCUGAAUAUAUCAACAACAGGUAAAGAAGAAAAUGUUCUAAAAGUUAACCUCGAGAUGAAUAAAGAGAACCUCAGCGUGUCCUGGGACCCACCGUCUGACGUCUCCGAGCUAGAAGAAUACGUGGUGCAAUAUAAACAGGCAGGAUCUCCACCUGGCCGAGAGUUUGACUGGAUAAGAGUGAAAAAAAGCCAGAACGGAACAUUUUUUAAAGGUCAGUUUCAGGAGUACAAAGCAUACCAAGUGUCGGUGUUCAAGGUAUUGAACAGCAAGGAAGUCCUCCAUCUCUUCACAGAGAUUGGAUAUUCUCGUCAGAAAGCUCUGUUAGCAGUGCCGUCAUUUAAGGUGGAAACUCUCACUGAGACUGAGGUGACUCUUCACUGGAAAGCCAUUCCUCUCUCCGAGCAGACUGCCCGGAUCUGGUGCUAUGAAAUUGGAUACAAAUGGUUGGAUACGCAAAAAGUGUUCAAUGUAAAUGCUUCCAAUGAUCAUCAGCCCUUCACGCUCCGUGAUCUCAGUCCAGGCGACUAUGAGGUGUGGAUGAGAGCUAUUACUGAAUUUGGACGUGAAGCGAAUGCCACUGAAACAUUCAAAAUAAACCACCAGCAAGAUAUGUAUGGGUUAUUGAUACCAGUUCUGUCUGUUGUUGUGCUCCUUUGUGUGUGUUGUAUUUUACUCAGCGUUUGUCCAGGACCAAUCAAAGCAUGUCCACUGAUAUCUUCGUGCACCUAUGAGAAAGUGCCUGAUCCCCGCAACAGUCACAUCUUUAAACAGAUGAAGCAUCAGUUUAAUGAUCCUUUGGGCUGGAUAUGCAUUCCCGUCUGUGAGCCACAGCCCAAGAUCUCUGUGCUCGAAGUUGUAAAAAUAAAGUCCCCAAAUUUAAACCCUGAUGGAUUAGUAGGACCAGUGACAGGAGACAAGUUUUCACAAGAUGAUCAGAGGGAGGAUGCUGUCCGAGAGGAGACUGGAAGGUUGGACCGCAGAUAUGGAAAAGAGCCCUACAGCAAAAUGGUUGAUUCCGAUGAGGAAACGAGUGGCAGCUCAUCAGAGGAAGAACAGUUCACGUCUGGUUACGAGCAACACUUCAUGCCCUCUCCUUUAGAAUUUAAUGAGUCCUUGGACUUUAUCUGCAUUCCCGUCAGUGAGACACAGCCCAAGAACUCUGAGGGAUUAACAGGGCCAGUGGUGGGAGAUGAGUCCUCGGAGAUGGAGAGCCCAGAUGAUCAGAGGGAGGGUGGAAGAGAGGUGUACAACAAAAUGGAUGAUCCCUAUGAGGAGACAGGGGAUUUCUGUAGCUCAUCAGAGGAAGAACAGUUUACAUCCGGCUAUGAGAAACACUUCAUGCCCUCUCCUUUGGAAGUACUCUAACAUUGGCUAUAUCGCCACACCUCAUCUGGCACGUUGUUUGUUUGUUUGUUUAAUAUACGAUUGUUUAAGAUGGGAAACCUCUGGAUAGCCUUUUUCUUGAGAUGCCUGCAGAGCAUUUGGGUCACUGGAAAAAUUUGUCUGCUGAAGCUGAUUUUAUGUCUCUCUCUGUCACAGUUUUCAGCUUUUGCAUUAGUUUGUUCCAUCUAAUCAUAUCAUGUUUAUUGUUUAUUUUUUGGAUACUUUUUCUAUUUCAGUUAAAGUCGACUCGCUCUGCAUCCCACACUUUGCCCAGCAUUGAGCCUGACUAUGACAACACCAACAGCAGUAUUUUUAAGAGUCGAAACAUUUGCAGGAUGUGCAGUAGUUUACAAUAGUUUAUUUCGAAUCUGCAUAUUAACCCUAAUCAAAGUGCACAGAGUGACAAAUUAUACUGACACCACCUGCUAAAACACUUUAUGGUAUUAUAAAGUAUCUCAGGAAACUCAAUAAAAAUAAAAGUUAUCUGUACAAUUAUAAAACUGUGCUUUAAACAGAUGUUUGUUUGUUUUUUCACAUAAAGCGUCUUUAGGUAACACUGGAUCUAAUUUUAUCAUAUCCAUGACCUGUAUGAAGUCACUGGAAAUAGAGUCUGAAUUUGUUGCUAUUUACUCACACACAUGCUCUGUAAAUGCCAUCCAUCCACUCUAUUCCAAUCCAAUCUGGGUUGUGGGGUAAAUGACAAUCCUUUGAAUUUGAUUUUUAAAUGAUUUUGAGUGUGUUGGAAAUAUUAACAUCUUUCUUAGUUUUUUACAUUGUUGUACAAUAUACUUUAUAUUUUGAUAAAUAAAAUGUCUGUCAAAUACA